AUGGACAUGGCGACCGCCCCCUCUCAAAUUCGCUUAUCAAGCAACAACAGCACCAACAACGGCAACACCAACAAGGGCGACAAUAACGACGACCACUUACACGCCCUGGACGUAUCAGAGAUCCGCUCCCUCAUAGCCGAAUAUCUUACAAAACAAGACCUCGGCGUUUGUAUCCUCGUCUGCAAGAAGUGGUCCCUCGAUUUCAUCCCCCUCUACUGGCGCACCAUCUCUGUCCAACCCCACAGAGUUACCCGAUACCCCGAAUCUGUCCUCCGUCAACACGGCCAACAUCUCCGCAUCCUCUAUGCUGGCCGGAUCGAGGAGACGUCUGUCUUUAACCAGGCCUCGGUCGAUCAAUUGCAGUUCCUGGAGAUCUCGACUUGUGGCUCUAAGGAGCGUGAGGAUGGGGGGAGAGGGUGUCUGCAAGAGAUUGUUUAUAGGAACCGGAAGGGUUUGAUGGGACUGCAUUGGAGGUGCUUUGGAAGGGAUACGACGAUGGAGCGGUCUUUUCGGAUUUGGCCGGCGAUGUUCCAGGGUCUCCAGGCGUUGGUUGAGUUGGAGUUGAGCAAUUGGUCGUUGUCGAGGGUGGACUUUUUGAGGAUGUUGAUCUCGUGUCCGAUGCUCAGGAAGCUGACUUUCCAGGCUGUUGAGGAUAUUCGGGAGGCCGGUGGAGGGAGACAGGGUCAGAGAUCCAAUUUACAGCAUCAUGGAGAAACCGUCAGGACGACGACGGCAGCAACAACGACGGUACCAGAUGUCAGUCAAGGCAACAACAACAUUGCGAAUCCUAGGAAAACACCGCCUCAAGAGGACGAGCGACUACUGGAAUUCCAACACACCACCCUCGACUCGCUAAUCUUCAUCGGUGAACUCAUCCCAUCCUUCCUACAACACGUACCCAAUAUCACACACCUCGAGAUCAUGAACAUCAUGCAAGGCGACUUCAAGGACAUUGACGAACAAGUAACAACAAAGCACUGCUGUACAGGAGUCACCCACCUCACUCUUUUAACAGACUGUUCGGCCCCGCUUCGGUACCUCUCGACAGUGAUGGUCAUGUCGACGUUGGUCUUUUUUGAAGGGAUCGUGCCCUUUCCAGUGCUAGACGACUUUCUGGAACUCAUUCUUCGGGCUCACUCUCAGACCAUUGAAACUUUACUCUUGCGCGAGAUGAACCCAUUUCAACAAUCAGGAUUUCAGUUUAAUAUCUGGAGAUUCUUUGAGUCUUGUCCUCGGCUGGUCAAACUGGAGAUCCCGUACUCGCUAAGGAACUGUGUCGGCCUUGCUAUUGUGAACACGAACGACAAUCUGCCUCACCCUGCUUACCCACAUCACGACUACUACGACAACAACAACGUCAGCAACGGCAACCAUAUACCAACAAUGGAAGUUCCACCCUUCUCAGAAGCGACUCUGGAACUAAAACUCUACGAACCCACACGAGAAUGGGUCUGCAAGGACCUUCGACGACUGCAACUGCGGAUCGAGGAUAUGGACCAAACAAGAUCCAUGCAACAGAUUCCGUUCGAUCUCUGUGUCGACAGACUAUUGCCCCCCGAACAGAAACGUGACAACUCUCGCAGAACCCGUUCGGUACUGGAGAGGAUGAUCUUGGAGCGACUAUCUGGAUUGGAGAAGCUGGAGGCGUUGAAUAUUGGUGGAGGGUGGUACACUCUUACCGCGAGGAAGUCUUAG